AGCUCACAAACCGUGAAAUUUAAAAGUUUCGUUCUCGUGUCUAUCAUUGUUAUGGCUACUGGAACGUUCAAUACAAGAUCAAAAAUAUGGACUGGUGACGUUGGUGCUUAUAGAUAUCCACUUGACGUUUAUCUUGGUGAAAAAUUACUCGAAGCUUUAGACGAAACACCCGAAAGAAUUUUGCAAAUUAAUCAUGAGGAGAACAGCAAAUUGACGUGCAAAGACGCAAAACUGUCUAGCAUUCGAGUCGCUCAAAAUUUACAGCGAUUGAGUAUCAAACCUGAUGACGUCAUCGGUUUUAUCUGUCGAAAUUCUGGCAACGUUAUACCGCUUAUCUUUGGAUGUCUUCUGAUAGGAGUUCCCGUGAAUCCACUUCAUGUUUCGUAUACAAAAGAUAAAAUUAAACACAUGUUUGGAUUAACGCGACCGAAACUUGUAUUCUGUGAUCACGAUUUAUUUGAGACGACAAAAGAAGCGCUUCAUGAAAUUAAAAACAAUGCAAUGAUUUUCACACUUUUAAAGAAAAUUCCAGUUGUUCCGUAUGUUAAUGAACUUCUUGUGCCGACGGGUAGCGAAUAUCAUUUCAAGCCGUUAAAGUUUGACAAGCGAGCUUCAGAGAAGCUUGUCGCAAUUGUAUGUUCAUCAGAGACAACAGGUCCAGCCAAAGGGGUUUGCAUGCCACACACAACGAUUCUACAAUUCGCACAUUACAAUUGUAAAAGCAUCAAAACGUUUGUGUCUCUUAAUUUCAGUUCAAUUUAUUCGGGAACGGGUUUAAUUGGCAUUUAUUUAGCGCCUUUUCGAACAGGCGAAACACGCAUAUCAACAAUUCAACCAUUCAAUUCUGAACUUUGUGUUAAAUUAAUUGAGCAAUAUCGUGUGACGGUAAUUGUUCUGCCGCCAGUUCACUUAAAUUCAUUGUUAAAUUCUCCCGCAUCUCGAACUGGAGAUUUUUCCAGUCUCAUCAUGUUUUCUUGUACUGGCGCUGUUGUGAGUGAAUCACUCCGAUCAAAAUUUAAAACAACGUUUCCUGACAAACCACUUUUGAUAUCUUACGGUACGACUGAAAUAUUUAUUGCUGCAUUAUGUCCCGGCCAGAGUUCUGAAGCUUUAAAAGUUGGAAAAACUUAUUCAAAUAUUCAAGUGAAAGUUAUUGACGAUGAAGGAAAUCCUUUAGAUUUGGGUGAAGUUGGUGAGGUUUGUGCGAAGCCUGAAUUCAAAUUUCAAGGAUAUUACAACAAUCCAGAAACGACACAACAAUCAAUUGAUAGAGAUGGAUUUUUAAAGACUGGUGACGUAGGAUAUUUAGAUAAAGACGGUUGCAUUUAUAUUUUAGACAGAAAUAAUGACAUCUUCAAAUUUAAAGAUCAUUUAAUAACUCCAUCGGAAAUAGAAAACAUUAUUGAGUCGAUUGAAGGUGUUGAACUUGUCUCAGUUGUUGGUAUUCCAGAUUCAAAAGCAACGAAUCUUCCAGCAGCUCUUAUUCAAAAACGACCUGGUUUCGAUAGUUUAACUGAACAUGAUAUUACAUCAGCUGUUGCUGAAAAGCUGCCAUAUCCUAAGCAUCUUUAUGGUGGAGUUUAUUUUGGAGAAAUCCCAACAAGUCUCAAUGGAAAGAUUUUGAGAAGAAAAGUUAGAGAAACUUUGAUUUUGAAGCAUCAAGAACGAUAUAAAGCUUAA